CCUUAGAUACGUCAUAUCAACCGCUUAUCAGAGAAAGCUUUUAUGCGGCUUGCUGCUACGCCUGAAAAUACACAAUGGUUCCCAAAUGGCUGUCUGUGCUUCUUUCACUUUAUUUUGCUGUGGAGAUUGUAUCUGGAUCCAGUUCGGUGAAUUCGACAAUAACUCACUCGACAUCAUCUAAUACAAGUACAGCAUCAUUGUCAGUAAUAUCUUCCUCAGUGUCGCCUUCCUUGUCGACUGCCCGCGUGCCCAGUACCUCUCAAACUUUACCCUCAGCAUCACCUGCGUCAUCCAAUUACCCCAAUGUAUCAUCUUCUAGGCCUACAGCGUCAGUAAGGUCUUCCCCAGUCUCCUCUUCAUCAAAGGUCCCUACGCCUGCUGCAUCUUCUUCUUCAUCAUCCUCUCCAACUUCACCCUCAGCGUCACCUACACCUUCGUCUGCUUCUCCCACCGGAAAAUCAACUGUCCAAGUGACAGGUUCCUCUGGUCCUCCAACACAAACCAGUACGACUCGGGCACCUCCGACAGCGAAAGGAAAAACUAUCGGGGCAAUGGAGGUACUAGGAUUUUGUCUCCUUGCAGGAAUUGCUAUUGUUCUUAUUGGUUUUGCCAUUUAUUAUAUAACCUGUCGAGAGCGGAAGGAGGACGAUGGCUUUAAUGAGCCGAUGGUGGAGGCACGUGCACGUGAUCCAGUUCAACCAAAAGAAACGGAAAUUGGAAUAACUAACGAAGCAUUAGCGGGAGACUCCGAUAAUCCAACGAAAGCGGAAGUCACGGCUCCAGUACCGGAAGUGAUACCUCAAGGACCAACAGCAACUAAUUCGGAGGUAACACCCGAUGACAAGGAAAGCAAACAAACUGAAGCCGACGACGACGGAGCACAAGACAGUGCGUUGUAAAAACAUGAAGAAAUAUUUUGAAAAAUAUUCUGAAACAAACAGGAAAGUUCCCUCGACUGAUAUCAGAAUGUCUCUUAAAUCAUAAGUUUACUACGGGGCUGACUUUUUCUGAACAUUCCUAAACUUGCACGAGUUUACGAGAUUAAACCUGGUUAACACUUAAACACCAAGAAGCGAUCGAUUUGUGAAUUCUUCAUACGAUAUCAAUACAUCAUCCAACGAACAGGUGGUGAGAGACAAACCAAUCAGCUAUAGAGUGUUUUCUUGGUAAAACACUAUAUUGUCUAAACUAGUUCUAAGGAAAAUGAAAGGCAGCUAGAAGGGAGAAUUACAAAUCAUAUUUUAGAACGUAAGCCUGCGUUAUAUGCUAUAUUAUUAUUCAGUAUAUAACUCAGAAUUGUCCCUAGAUGUAUUGUUCGUGCAUAACUAUUGGCAACUUUUGCAUAAACUAGCAUAAUUUUAUGUCCUUUUA